CAGGAUUUCUCAAACUAUUCUAAUUUGCAGGGGUGAGGUGAUCAGCGAGGGUUGAAGUUGCCGACGAGAUGCCAGAGAGCGUUGAACUGGAGGUGGGAAGAAGCGGCGGGCUCUGAAGUCAGGAGCCGACAUUGAGCUCCCUUACGCGGGUGCGGUGGAGCAGACAGUCCGGGUCUUCCUUCAUCCCUCUCUGAGCAGGUAUGUUGGACAAGGGAUAGCUGGCAGAGACCACCGAUGCUGCCCGCGCGGAAAAACCUUCCCAUCUCCAAAAUGAUGAAUUUUCGCAAGACCAAAUUUGCAAGGUUUAUGAAUAACAGAGUGCCCGCCAAUCGGAGAUAUGAACCCACAGAGUAUGAACAUGCAGCAAACUGUGCUACUCAUGCAUUCUGGAUUAUUCCUAGCAUCCUCGGCAGUUCCAUCCUCUACGGCCUUUCCGAUGACCAAUGGGAGAUGAUAUCAGCGUGGAUCUAUGGGUUCGGGCUGAGUGGCCUUUUCAUUGUCUCCACUGUCUUUCACACCAUCUCCUGGAAGAAAAGCCAUUUGCGAACAAUGGAGCAUUGCUUCCACAUGUUUGACAGGAUGGUGAUCUACUUCUUCAUUGCUGCCUCAUAUGCCCCCUGGCUGAAUCUGCGGGAGCUGGGCCCCUGGGCAUCACACAUGCGCUGGAUCAUAUGGAUAAUGGCCUGCAUAGGAACCGUCUAUGUGUUUCUGUUUCAUGAACGGUACAAAAUUGUGGAACUGAUCUGCUACAUGGUAAUGGGCAUCUUUCCUGCACUUGUCAUUCUGUCAAUGCCUAAUACUGAAGGACUGUUUGAACUGCUGGUGGGCGGUUUCUUCUACUCCCUGGGAAUGUUGUUCUUCAAGAGCGAUGGCCGGAUUCCAUUUGCACACGCAAUAUGGCACCUCUUCGUGGCCAUUGGUGCAGGGAUCCAUUACUAUGCUAUCUGGAGGUAUCUGUACCGCCCUGGAAUGCUGGAUAUGAGGACAUCCAAGUGAUCGGAUUGUAACUUGUAACAGACAUUGCUUAUCUAAAACCACAGCAAAAAUAACGAGACAUUGCAACAAUCUCUGGGCCAUGCAAUUGAUAUGUGAAGGUCAAUACCAGAUCUUCCAAUAUUUUUCAUAUAUCUUUUUAGCACUGAAGUGCCAAUUUAAUGGCCAGUAUUAAACUCACAAGCAUGUGCACACAUAUAUGAACAUUCCUGAAAACUUGACUGGACUAGUUCUCAGAGCUGCAUCAGCCUGAAUAUUAUUCCAUUAACCAUAGAGUUUUAUAGUCAGAUGUUUCCCCCCAAAAAACUUGAAUUAUUAUUGGCUGUGUUUUUUGUUAGACACAUUUACAUCUUAAUGGAUAUUUUUCUGUGAAAAGAGUGCAAGUGAAGGACAUAUUUUCUAGAAGAUACUUUAUUAACUAUGAAGCACAUAAUGAAAUGGAUUUGCUAGAAACUGGAAUGGUUGAAAACCCAUGAAAACAUCUGAACUAUUUUGGUUAAUAGGCAGAACUGGGGAUCUGUCUUUAAUUGUUGAUGUUGGCAAUGAUAUGACAUCCUGCUUCAGAACAACUCUAGGACUGGAGAAAGAUAGGACUGCAACUAGCAGAGCCACUGCCUCACAGCAUCAGAGAUCCAGGUUCAGUUCUGACCUCAGGUGCUGUCUGUAUGUAGUUUGCACAUUCUCUCUGUGACUGCAUGGGUUUCCCCUUGGUGCUCGGGUUUCCUCCCACAUCCCAAAGACAUGCAGGUUGGUAGUUUAGUUGGCUACUAUAAGUUGCCCCAAGUGUACAGGUGUGUGUAGAAGCUGGCAGAAGUUGAUGAGAAUGUGAUGAGAAUAAAAAAUGCAAUUAGUGUUUCCUGGUCAUUGCAGACUUGGUGGGCUGUAUCUCUCCAUGACUCUAUGAAAUUGGUCCUCUUUCACCCUUUACCCUGAGUGGUACUAUGUCAUACACCUCAGGAGCACUCAAAAUACAACUGAUUCCAUACUGGCCUUAUUAUAACUUUUAGGCAUUCCAAGCAGUUGCCGCACACUCUUCCUAAUAAGGGGCCAAAUAACCUUUCACAAAACCCCGAACAGAAUCUAUCAGCACAGGCAUCAAGCCAGUUUCACUGAGGUUUGGUCACCCAUUCCUGAUUCUACUGACCCCCCUGUGGAGUUGCAUUGCUCUUCCCUGCCCCAAAACACUCUUCAGAGCUGCUGCCCAAUCUCAUCUCUCCAGUCCUGUUCAUCUCCUCUCCUCCCCAAUUUCAGGAAUUGUUUGGACUGUUAACAAGGAGGCAAGUGUCCUAUGUUGAAUUGAACCAAACAGGGCAGUCGUUCUUCUGGAUGCAGCUCAACCCACUCCUCAAAGGAAGCCUUGCAUUCAGGGCACCUUCAUCCAGCCUGGCAAGUUGCAUCAUGAAUUUUUAAUCCAAAAUUAAAAUAGUCCACGUCAUAAUAAAAUUUUAGUUCAAUUUCUGUAGGCGAUUUGCUCCUUAAGAGACAUUAAAAUCAAGACUUUGUUUUAACUCAUUGUUUCCUGUUUUUUCUAAUAGUCUUCCUUCUUGGGAGCACCAAGUCCUUCCAGGGCAUUAUUCCAUUGAGUUCAAAAAGUUUCAAGCAUCUGGCCCACAUGACCAGUCAUCAUGACUGACAGGCUGUAGAGUGCAGUCACCUUCGAAAUCAUUACUAUUUCUUGCUCUGGGAAGUAGUGAAUUGCCGGUUUUAACUUCACAAUACUAUUUUAAAGGAACUGGGGGCCAUUGUCAUACCCAUGAGCCUAUCCAACUCAACAAAUAUGUGUAUGAAGCCAAUGGUCAGCUGUUUUUGUUUAGAAUCAUCCAGAACCUUUACGCAGUAUUCUACCAAGGGAUCCUCACCUACUCUCAAUAGCACACAGGAAGUUAAAUUUUUUCUUGUUAAUUUUAUUGAAUGUUUUUGUUUGAGUUCUGAAUAUCUUAAAAUGAGUAAAAACAGAGCAAUAUAGUUAAAAUGGCCACAGUUACAUUUCCAAGUGAGUAAAGAAAAAUGUGUCAGAUACAGUAAUUGAGUACAAUUCCAGCCACCUAGCUGUCAGGAAGAUGUCAUUAAGCUGGAAAUGGUGCAGGGAAGAUUAACAAGUAUGUUGCUGAGACCGGAUAGGCUGGGGCUGUUUUCCCUGGAGGGUAGGGGGCUGAGGGAUAACUUUAUAGAGGUAUAUAAAAUCAUGAGGGGCAUAGAUAAGGUGAAUGGUCACAGUCUUUAUUUCAAGGUAGGGGAGUCUAAAACUAGUGGGCAUAGGUUUGUGAGAGGGGAAAGAUUUAAAGGGGACAAGUGGAAUGUUUUUCACACAGAGGAUGGUGGAUAUAUGGAACGAGCUGCCAGAGGAAGUGGUAGAGUUGGGUAUGAUUACAAUGUUUAAAAGGCAUUUGGACAGGUACAUGGAUAGGAAAAGUUUAGAGGCAUAUGGGUCAAGCAUAGGCAAAUGGGACUAGCUUGGGUAGGCCUUUGGUUGGCAUGGACAAGUUGGGCCGAAGGGCCUGUUUCCAUGCUGUAUAAAUCUAUGCCUCUAAUUAAGGCCAUUGGAGAAUAUCCAGUCUCAAACCCCUGCUUUUCUAGGUGUUUGGGUGCAGAAUUACAAUCAAUUAUUUCCUAAAGUCUUAUAGAGUCUCUUUCUGAUCUGUAAGCCCCCUAGAGUUUCUCAUCAAUGACUGUGGCAAUUUGGUUAGCAUGGGGAGACAUCGUUUAACGUCUUGGGUCAAAAACCCUUCGUCAGAACAGUGUCUGAACAGAAGAGUAUACAUCCACUGCAGAACCUUUCAUCGUUUGGCCCCCUCCUCAAUGGUUUUGGUCUUACGUUCUGCUGCUUUUCUGAUGUAUUGUAGCUUAGUCGCUAGUCAAAAGUAGGACUCUCAUCAUGUUAGCAGGUGGGCAGGACAAAACAUCACAUCAAGAUGUUAAAGCCUUCUACUUGUAACUUAAAACAUUGAUUUACUUAUGCAUAACACAUAUGAAUAUGGAACUUAGUUUGGUUUGUUUAAUUCUUUUAUGGGAUGAGGCCAUCACAAGCAUGAUCUUCACUUAUUGAUCAUCCUCAAUUACCCUUGAGAAUGAGAGGGUGGGAUUCCCUCUUAACCAACUGCAGCUUACGUAAUGAAAGUGGGUCCCACAGGGCUGUCAGAUAAGGACUUCUAGAAUUUUCAUAGAAUCAUAGAAUUGUUUUGGCACUGAAGGACGUCAGUCAGCCCAUUGGUCUGUGCCUGAGCAAUCUGGUCAGUGUCAUUUCCCUGCUCUCUCCCCACAGCCCUGCACAUAAUCUUUUCUCAUGCCAUAUCCAAUGAAGACAUUGAUUGAUUCUAUUUCCACCAUCAUUACAAGUAGAGUUCCAGAUCCUAAUUAUUCUCAGAAUAAAUAAGUUUAAUUUACAUCCCCUUUCAAAUCUAUGUUCCCUGAACCCUGAACUAUCUGCUAAUAAAAACAGCUUCCCUCUACUUACUUUAUAUAAUCCAGUCAUGAUAUCACCUACAGACAACAAAAGAACAGGAAUAUUUUUUCAAAAUGUUGUGCAAUGUGACUUAAAAGUCUUGGCAGGUGGUGAUCUUCCCCAGUGCCUUUUUUGUCUGUCCUUCUAAAUGAUAAAGUUGGUGGAUUUGAGAGAUGCUGUUGAACAAAGCCUUGGCAAGUUGUAGGUACAUGCUGUAGACACGGUGUGAUUGUGUAGGAUGGUGCAAGGGUUGCCAGUCAAGUGACUUAGUUAACUCUGGGAAAUAUUGUUCACAUGUUACCAACAACUCCAUAAGAUGUUCCAGACUAUUGUGCUGCACUGAUGAUCUAAUACACUACAUCUCACAUCCCAGAAUUCUACCAUUUGCUGGUGUUUCUCCAAGUUCUUGGUUGACAGCCUGUAACACCCAGAGAAAGUUACUGCACUAUAACUUCACACAUUCCUUUUUAAAUGGAUCCAUGCAGAAACCAAUAUUGUCUUAGGUCCACCUGCUCUGAGAAGCCAGAAUGGACAGUGAAUUGGUUUGUGUUUACAGUGAUCCAACCAGUAGACUAUCAUUGUGAUUCAUAGGAUCACACAGCUUGGAAGGUCACCAUUGUGCCAAUACCCCAGAAAAUUUUCGCAUCUCAAGUAUAUAAAUAAUUCACUUUGGAAUGUAACCAAACAAUUUGCUUUUACCACUCCAUUAGGGGGUAUCUUCCAAUCAAACAACUCCCUGUAUCAAAAAACAAUUCUCGAAAUCUUGCCAAUAGGUCUUUUGCCAAGAUUUUUUUUUCUAGUUACCCACCUGCCUGUCAGUGGAAACAGGUCCUCAUUAUUGUUUUGAUCAAAACACUUCAUAAUUCUGAAUAACACUGUUAAAUUUCACCUUCGCUUUCUCUCCUGUUAGGAGAACAACUUCAGCUUCUGUAGUUAAUUCCUUCAUCACCUAUGCUUGCUGCUACUGGAUCAAACUUCUAAUGUCUCAAUGUUUUCAGUUUUUAAUCAAGCCCCAUUACAAGCCUUGGUUUUAACUGGCCUCGUUGCCAUUCUCGUCAAAGCUUCAAUAAUAUCAAGCAUUUUGCUUUAUAAUCAAGGGCUGACAUCAUCCAAAGUAUUAGUAAUGAAGUAUUAACCUAUCAGUGUUUCUUGAAACACCCAGGGACUUUUAUUUUCUUUGACGUUACACUGGCUAAUAACCUUUUGUGUCAAAUUGUUCUGUAUACUAUUUUAAUACAGUUAUUAACCCAUUUAAAAUAAACAGGUUAAUAAUUCUGUUGAAGUAACACACAAAGGCAUUUAACAUUAACUUCUAGUGUACUAGAAGUGGAAAUUAAAUCUCUGGCUAAGUAAUUACUAAGGAAUAAUCUAUUCUGGUUCACUUGAAAAAGAAUUUAAAAUAUCUGGUUCACAGAAAUUGAUUUUCCUGUGUGUUCAAGUGUCUUCAAGUCGGUCAAGGACAUUACCUUUUCUAAAAAUGCAACUGUUUUGUACUUUUUAGUGAAUUGCUGUUACAUGUUGAUUCAAACUUGACUUUUAAUGGUUGGUAAGUGGGUGAGUUUGUUUUAGCAGCCACUAACAAAGAGAAUCAUGAAUUCUCCUUCUAGUUGCCAAACUCAAGUCCUGUCCUUGAACAACUUUUCUGAGUAAAUUUUAGAGACAUCAGCUUGACACAGACAAUUCUGGGAUUCUGUCCAUUCUUCCUGGAAGAACUAAGUUAAAUUGUUAUUGAUCUUGCUUUGCUGAUAGUUUUACAAAACACUGUGCCUCUAAAUUUUGUUGAGGCCCAUCAAGACUUGUGUAAAAGUAUGCACAAAUUAUGCAUGUCAAAAAUGAAAUUGCAGUAUGUUUUCCUUAAAAUAUUCUCAUUAUAUGUUCAUGAUAUAAUGUUUGUACAGUACUGAUGUUUUUAUAUAACCAAAUUACACCUCAAACCGUGACAAAAGAGAAUACUGUUCAGAAAUGUUUAUGGUUACCCAAUGCAGAAUCGAACUUGUGAUGUAUUAUGGGAAUUUUAGUCCACAAGCUUCUGAUGAUUCCAAGGAUCGGGAUUCCCUUAAUGCAGCGCUACUGUCAACCCCAGAAAGAAAAAUAAAAGAAAAUGUUCUGUGUAACUCACUUCAGGAACUUCUAACCAAGCUGCCUAUACUGUAACUUGGAGUGAUGUGCACUCUCUGCAUUUUACUCUUUUGUACUGUCUGUAAGAGGAUAUUGUUGAAUGUUAACUUUGCAUGAUUUGAAUGUCAGAUGAACCUUUGAUACUGACUUUAGAUCUGAUUAAAAUGUAAGAGCUGAAUAUUUCUGCAACUAUAUGUAUGUGUGAAUUGGUGAUUUGUGUAUUUUAUA